CUGGAGAUGCGCCGAACCGAGCAAGUCCAGACACAUGCGGAGCUCAGAGCCCGGAGCCACUCUCUGACUCUCCCUCUCUCUCUCCCUCUCUCUCUCCCUCUCUUUCUCUCUCAGUCCGUUUUAAUACUGUCCUCCUGACCUGCUCUCUCAAUAAACCCGCCGUGUCCCGUCAUCGCCCCGUGUCUCCAGCAGCGCGCUCGAUGUCCGAGGUCUGAUCCGUGAACUUCUCCAUGCAUGCGCGUGCUCGCGGAGAUGCGGACGCUGCUGAUCAGGCUGGAUCUGGUCUCGUGAGCCAGUGGUGUGGAAUUCUGUUUUCGCUUUGAAAACUGCUGCUUGGACAAAUGCAUACAAAUGCAUUUAGGAGCCCAACGGACAAGGAGUGGACAGGUUUCUCCCACAACGACAACGAGAUUCCUCGUCCUCCUCCUGUCAACAUGUGUGGUGCCGCUGUCAGCAGAAGAGCCAUCGGCAGCUCCAGGUGUAGACCUUAUUCAUCAGCUGGGCCUUUCCGGUCGGAGAGACAUACACUCUUCUGGGACACCUUACCUCACCUCCCUUGCCUCAUCUCUGUCCAUCCUGCCCCCUGGUGUUGGGGUUAUCCUCGGACCGGAUGCCCUCAUUGAGGCCCCAUCAGCGGACCUGCUCCCCGCAGGCGUAGUGGAGGAGUUUUCUAUCAUAGUGAGUUUAAGCUCCUGGCGAGCGAACAAUGCCUUUAUUUUUAGUGUGCGUGAUGGCAGGGAUAGACUGCAGUUCGGCUUGCAACUCCUGCCUGGAAGGGUAGUGGUUUACAUAGGCGAGAAAGCAUCGAUCUACUUCAAGUAUGAUGUGCAAGAUGGACAGUGGCACUCCUUCUCUGUGGGGGUCCGGCCACGCUCCGUAUCUUUCCAAGCACGCUGUGGGGCUGUGCAGUACAGCGAGGAAACACUGACCCGACCACAGACUCUGAGCUCUGAAGGCCGCCUCUCUGUGGGAAGGAUGGACUCCAGGGCAGUGCAGUUUGAAGGAGCAUUAUGCCAGCUGGAUAUUUACCCCUCGGCCCAAGCUGCAGCGCACUACUGCGACUUUGUUAAAAAACAGUGCAGACUGUCCGACACCUUCCGAUCUCAGUCAGGGAGCACAGAGUCCCGAUUCCCAUCGGUUUCACCAUCCACAAAGUUCCACCGCAGCUCUUCGGAAUCACACACAUUUAUCCAAACUCUUGUUGACCACUCCGCCAACUCUAUUCCCACAGCACUUUUUGACCAGUUUUCAACCACAAGCUCGCCGAUGUUUCACUCCAGCACACCCAGGCACAUGAACACAUCUCCAAAAACCUUCGGCAAGGUGCAAUCCCUGGACCUCACUCCAGAGACUUCCACAAGCAACCCCCCAACAGAGAAGACCCUUGAUGGUGAAAAUGAUACUGAGAAUCAGCCGCUUCUCAAGAAGCCCAGAGCAACUCGGGCCACCCCAGACUUGAUCAGCAUCAUCAAGCAGAGCCGUUUGAAAGAGGCCUUGAGGAAUGACGGUAGACCCCACCAUUCUGACAAAGAGCUUCUCCAGGCCAAUCCUAAAGUGAACAGCACCAUCCUGUACCGUGAAGAGAGCAGCUAUAACCUGGUGGACCAAUCUGAGGAACAGGUCCAGGAGGGGCACGACACAGUAUACUCUGAGGGUUAUGGAUACGACUAUGGUUUUGAAGAAGACGAAUAUUUCUUCAACUAUGAUGGAUUUGUUGGUCCUAAAGGAGAACCGGGUCCUCCGGGUCCCGCCGGCCCCCCAGGUCUCCCCGGCCCCCCUGGAAAGAGAGGACUGCGGGGUCCAGCUGGUCCUCACGGGAGUCCCGGGCCGCCUGGUUCACCUGGUCUGAAGGGAGCAAAAGGUGAUCCUGGACUGUCCCCGGGUCAAGCGCCGGCAGGUGAAAAGGGUGAAAGAGGACGGCUGGGUCCACAGGGUCCCAAAGGUGAAGCAGGUCUAAAGGGUCCCAAAGGCUAUCCAGGACCAGCAGGUCUACCCGGAGAACAGGGUUUGCCAGGAUUGCCGGGUGUAUCUGGGGUGGCAGGUUACCCUGGCAGGCAGGGUUUGGCAGGACCGGAGGGAAACCCUGGACCUAAAGGUGUCAAUGGAUUCAUCGGACCCCCAGGGGUUGCAGGAGCACCAGGACUGGAGGGAGAGAGAGGAAUUCCAGGUCCUGUGGGAAUCAAGGGUCCCAAAGGAAGACCGGGUGUUGUUGGUGAUGCUGGUGAGCGAGGGCCGCCCGGACCAGACGGAAACCAGGGUCCUGUCGGAGGAAGCGGCAGCAGUGGAUUCCCAGGCCUGAGAGGCGAUCCGGGGCCCGAGGGACCCCGCGGCUUUCCUGGCAUUGUGGGACCUCAGGGCCUGACUGGAGGGGCGGGGCCUCCUGGAAUGAAAGGUGAUAAGGCUGAACCUGGACUGAGAGGUGACCCGGGAGAGACUGGAUAUCAGGGCGACAAGGGCACCGCUGGGAAUCCAGGUCCGACGGGACCACGCGGAAAACCAGGACCUCUCGGGAAACCAGGAGACCCGGGACCACAGGGGCCUCCGGGGCCGCCAGGACCUGAGGGUUUCCCAGGAGACAUUGGUGCACCAGGACCCAACGGCCCCCAGGACCAAAGGGUAUUCAAGGAGCCCGGGGCCCCCAGGGACCACCAGGGCCAAAAGGAACAGAGGGAGACGAAGGCCCCCCGGGUCCACCUGGAAAACCUGGUCCCACUGGACGAAUAGGUCAGAAGGGUUUCAUCGGUGAACCAGGACCUGAAGGACUGAAGGGAGAAAUUGGUGACCCAGGGAAUCCUGGAAAACACGGCCCCCCUGUUAGUACAAUUCCAACCAUCCUUCUGUUUGUCUAUCUACAGUAUCCAUCCAUCAGUCCAUCCAUUCAUUCGUGUUUUAGUAAAAAACAAAAAUGUUAUGCUGAUUGAACUCUUAGUUAUGAUGUUUUUUGUUAAAUUACUGGCAGUUCACAGUUUCAUUGAGCAAGCGUGUUUGCUUUCCC